AUGAGCCAGUCUACAUUCAAGCGCAAAGCCCAUGCAGCUUACUUUACACGCUGCAUGCGUGCCCUGCCAUCACAGGCCCAAGAACACGACGCAAACCGUGUGACAAUCGCCUUCUUCUGCCUUGCAGGCCUGGAGCUUCUCGGCGUCCUCCCACAAGACGGGGAACGUGAUGACUGGAUCGAGUGGCUGUGGAGUCUGCAAGCCGACUCUGGUGGGUUCUCGGGCUCGCCAAGCGCGACAGCACACCUGCCCUCGACAUACACGGCCCUCUCUGCACUGGCGCUCCUCCGUGCGCCGCUGGACAAGUUGAAUCGAGCCGGACUCGCUGCCUUUCUUCGCGCGUGCCAGGCCCCAGACGGUAGCUUUGCACCCACGACAGAGAUUGAGGGCGAGUUUCAGAACGAUGUGCGAAUGAGCUACUGCGCUGCCAUUGCGCGCGCCGUGCUGCGUGCUCCAGGAAGGACAUCAGCUGGUGCUGGUCCUGGUCCUAGUGACUCCAGUGGCACUGCAACAGUCGCUGCAAGUGUGGACGAGAUUCCAGACGUGGACGUCAAAGCAGCCAUCGGCUUCCUCGACAAGUGCAAGACCUGGGAGGGAGGAUACUCGGCGCGCCCGGGCCUCGAGGCGCAAGGCGGCACCACAUAUUGUGCGACUGCUGCGCUGUCCCUCUUUGGUGGCUUGACUGUCUCCGACCAUGCCGCCAGCAUAAUGGACACCACACGAUGGCUUACCCAGCGCCAGAUUGGCGGCUUUCAAGGUCGUCCAGGCAAGCUCGAGGAUGUAUGCUACAGCUUCUGGUGUGGAGGUGCUCUCGCUACGCUCUCACUUGCCUCUCUCGUCAACGCACCACCCAACACUUCCUUCCUCCUCGACGCACAGUCGCCCAUUGGCGGCUUUGGCAAGGCUCCCGAGGACUUCCCCGACCCAUUCCACUCGUACCUCGCCCUUGCAGCGCUGGCGCUGACCCCGGCCCGGGACGAACUGGGGCUGAAGGAGCUCGACCCCGUGUGGAACUUGCCUCCCGUCGCUCGUGACUGGCUCUUGUCGGGGGGCAACGAGAGCGCGUGA